AUGGAACACGAGUUUAACCUCGCAGCCACUGAAAUAGUCGUCCACGCCGGAAACAAAACAGGUCGAGAUUCGAUUGAAGCCUGGGCCUCGGAUGAGAACCUAGCCAAUCGAUUUAUCGAUCUGGCGCCAGCAUACAGAACCCUGCGCAGUCACCUCCAGUCUUACGCCGUCGCUGUAUGAGUGGCCCACAUACCUUAUAACCGUCCCUUGUUCUAUCGUUGCUACUACCUCUGCUGAUGGACUCCUGCACGAGUUUGAAGCUCAGAACAAUAGGCAAAAUGUUCCGGCCCUCGAUUAUCCUUCUUUUUCACUUAUACGAACACCUGGAACUCGAACAUUUGCCUUCAUUCAUGUAGGUAAAGCUAACAGUGGGAACCCAUGCCUGCGACACACCAGUGCUUUUCUCACUUUAUCAGAUCUGACGCGCUCGAAUCUAUCAAGGGAUCCUAAGAUUCGUGGUUUGGACGGUUGCCAACUGACGGACUACCUCGAUUCUCAUAGGAGCAUUUUAGAAUGGCUGAAGGAUUGCAUCGGCCCCUCCUUAAUGUGGGCCUUACGGGGACUUUCACUUAUGUGGAGUCCAAGCGGCUCUCAGAUCAGCAUGGGACAUGCAGCUGGGAACAGGUCAAGUGUGUAACACACGCAGAUGGGCUGUUUAAGCUCCGAGCUGUUCUCACAGAAGCUGUAGGGACCUGGCCUUGGGUUGCCAUCUUGGGCGGACUGUUUGACUUCGCUAGCUACUGCGUCCGAGCCUAUCUUCGACCGUCUUAACAUUGUCUUGCCAUCGAAACAAAGUGUGCGAGGGAGGAGCUAGUGUGGUAAAUGCGUUGCAAGUCCGUCCCGCCAUAAGUUAAGUCGUUCAUAAGUCACCACUACUAGGUCCACAUUCUGUAGCAGUAGUAGAAGUCACCGCCUGCGGCGGUUAGGCCUGAAAUUUUCAAAUAAUUAUACGACAGAGAAUGACUAUUGCUGCAGGACGCGCGACCAUAAAGCGUCCUCUACAAAGUCCGCAGUGCUGCCGAUCGGGUAUGCCCUAUACUAUCAGUCCGUUUCCACUAAGUGCGACAGCGAUAAUCAAACAACACCACUGAAACGAGGGACUUUAUUCUUCUGACAGGGUAAAACAUCACAAAAGUGUUUGAGUAGUAAGUUCGUGUGUCAGGGACGGGGAAAGGGAAGGAGGAAGAGAAUGUACAGGGUAAAUCAUGACGCACCUAUCUCUCGACAGUCGUAAUCCGGGGCUGUCGCCGGCGCCGCCUCGGGACCCCGUCCUAACAGGCCGGAGUACCGCAUGCCGUUCAACUCAAGCGAGAUGCGCGGUGUGGAGGGUUGCCAUAAUUAGAUCCGCAUGGACGCAUUUUGGAAUGGCUGGAGGACUGAGGGCAAGGCUGCAGUACCCACUUGCGCGUGAGCGUGUAGACCAACCCUACAACUAUGCGAGUCGUUGUCCCUGAGCCCACCUCCAGUCAUCCUUAUUUUUUGCCAUCGGAGCCAGGCGGAAGAGGGAGGAGGGAGUGCGAUAUGUGCUGUGCAAGUCCACCCUACUACGCACUAACUCACGCCCAAGCCCCCCGUUGCUGGGUCGUUUCACAUUUUAUUCGAUGGCCUUGGUUAACUUCCCGUUUAUUUACGUUGUGAACCUGCAUGGUUUAGCUGUAGAAAAACCCUUCUAUGAUUCGGCUUUUCAAAUCACGGGAUCUUGAGGCCUUUGGAAAUGCCGCAAAGGAGACAUUAGCCGUGGACUUUGAAGGCAGCACACUUCAACCUCCAGUAGGUACGUUAAAAUGAUCCCAUAUGGGUCAUAGUCGAACAGCAAUUUAAGGCAAAACAGUAUUACAUAUAUAUCAGAGAGAGACUGGUUAUGUUGAGGGCGAGCUGCAAAGAACCUUGAAGUGUUUUAGGGUAAGAGGAUACCAUACUAACAGCGCAGGUACUAGCCAAAACUGAUGGACUUCGGCUUAAAUAUUCAUACAUAAAACUUUGGUCUGAGCCCAUAGACCUAUGAUAUACCGGUCUACUCAAAGUCUGCAGUUGAUUUUUGAGGAAAUUAAAAAGCAAUAAUUUCUAAAUUGCAGUAUCUACCAGAAAGCAGCCGCAAAUGCUGGGGGACCCACUGAUGAGCCGAAGCCCUCACAGCUGUGACACGCAGUGGCAGAAUAUCGGCGAAACACGCGUGUAUUGGCCUUUAUCUGCUACCUGUGUUGUUAUUAUGGUAUCCCCUUACCCUAGCUGCCUGUCGGCGGUCAAUGAAUAUUACGCUGCUAGCUGCUAUGGCUGAUGAACUUCGGCUAAAAUGUUCAUAACAAAACUUCGGUCUGCGCUUAUAGACCUACAAUACACUGCUCUACUCCAAGUUCGCAGUUAAUUUCUAAGGAAAUUAAAGAGCAACAACUUGGACAAUUUCCCAGUCAAAGAUGGGACACAAAGAGGUCUGGGAUCUAUCGGACAGAAGUAGAACACAUGCGAGUGUGAAGGAGUGGGCGAAGGCCGGCGACCAUAUUGAGGAUCGUCGCUCGAGGUGUGUUUAGGCAUCAGUCAAACUGAUGCGACUGGUGCGUGAGGGAAAGAGAGGAGAGAAUGAGACGGACUCUGGGGAAUUCAUCCCCUUGACUCAACAGCGCAAUUCCCACUAGAAAUAAGUUUGACGUGCUUGCAUCCAACACGGUGUGCUAGAAGUCGUGGCUUGGAGAUCUACCAUAUGACGGGAUAGCUCGAUCCUCGUUGUCACUGAUGCUUGUAUGUGCAGUGCCCGAUUGGAGGAGUGAGAUUCAUGUCCGAUGGACCUUUUUUAACGUGUUUUUUUAUGCCACUCUCAAGCAAGUGGUAUUCAGGUCUUUUAUCAGUAUUGGGGAUCGGAUCGCGUGUGGUACUCGCAGACGCACUGCUAAAAUUUGUCGCCCGAGCCCAAUUCCGUUCGUCUUGACGCUGCUAUUCAACCAGAGCAGGGUGGGCGGGGUGAGUGCGGUAGAUGCUGCGCAAGUCACCGGUGUUGCGCGAACUCUGCCGCGCUCGUGAUGGACAUCGUCACCUGCGGCGGACGAAUUAACUUGGAUGGCGAGAUCACAGAGGUCGGUUACACUGUCCUGGUCCCAAGUGUAAGCGCGAUGUUGGCACUGCAAGUGACGUAGGCCGAAGGAGGAUGCUAAAAUCGUUAGUGGGAAAGUAGUUUAAGCUAAAACGGAGAAGGGCAAUCAGAUGUUUCGGAUUAGAGGUAGGGUCAGUUUCAGGGUCUGUGGUAGUGUCAGGCUGAGAACUGAGUUUAGGGUUAGGGUUUUUCAAGUCUAAGAGGGCCGGUUAGAGUUAGGGUUCGGAUUGUGGUUUAGGUUCGCGUUAAGUGUUAAGGUUGGGGUUAGGGUUGCGGUCAGGGUUAAGAUUUGGGUUUGGAUUACGGCCGAAGUUAGGAUUUGGCUUAGGGAAAGGGUUAGGGUUAGGAUUUGGGUCAGAGUUCAGGUUAGGCAUAGGAUCAGGGAUAGGGUUUUUAUAGGUUUACGGUCAGGUUAAACGUUAAGUUUAGGGUUAACGUUAGGUUAAUAAUUACUUUUAGGAUUAGAUUUAAUUUUGAGGUUAUUUCGAGGUUUGCUGUUAGGUUUGAGGUGUUGUUGCCCCGCGCGUCCCGUCAGUCAGGUCUUUUUCGAGGAUUCUAGGCUUUCUUUCAAUCUCAUGGCUGAUUUGUCAUACAUCAGGCUGCCUUUUCUGUUUUAACUUGGGCUAGUUUCCCGCUAACGAUUUCAGCAUCUCACUUCGGCUUACUUUACUUUCAAUGUCCACAUUGCGCUUACAUUUGGGACCAGAACAGUGUAAGCGACCCUUGUUGGUAAAAAGUAUCCGACGCAGUGCAUCUCAGUGAGUCCUGCGUCGAACAAGUUGCGAGUGUGGAGUUCUACUCUGCUUAAUUCUACGAAGCAACAUUAGCGUCAGACCUUGUUGGAUGCUUGAAGAUUUAUAGGUACAUGCAAAGGAACAAAAAUUACCUGGCGGCUGAUUAAUAUUCAUCGUGCAGGAGUAAUGGAAAGGUUUACAUCCUGGAGAGAGGGAAAUGCUCUCUGAAGGUGGUAAGAAUGGAAGAUGAUAUGGGGCUACUGGGACAACGAUAAAGCGCUGAACUCGAGGCUUUAUAUUCCGUCGAUAUUAUUCACCCCGUAUUUUAAGGGCAUGAUGUUCGUGAUUGGAUUUCCCAAAAGGAGGCAUGUUGAUUUAAAAGAAGUGAAUGGUAAGCAAUAAAAAAGUUUUUUUGGUAACGAGGUGAUCAUCGUUUGUUAAGAGCAGAUCACUAUCCCCACUCCUCCCUCGUUAAUAUUUUUAAUACACAGAUUAAUCCAUUUGCGCUCCAAGGGACUUCGGUCCUUACGUCUUCCUAAAUCAUUACAACUUUGCUAGCAAGAGCGAGUUGUAGUUUAUUUUUCGGGGUAAUGGACCAAGCCUUUGAAAACCCUACUGUUUACCCCCCCCCCGGUGUGUUAUAUACAGUUGCACAUGCCUUCUUGAAAUUUGCCACCAUUGAAAAAGUAUUCAUGUAAUGUAAGUAGCACUGUUUUUGCGCCGAUACAUGCGAAGAUGCGAGCUCCAGGAACUACUUGAUAAGAAGUGGAAGCGAUCGCGUUUACUUCUUUUCAGUAUUGUUUUUAAACAAAAUGUCUAAAUUUGACGUGGUAUUUAGUUCAGGUCAAGUGUCGGUGGAAAAAAGUGGCGCAUAUAAUCAUCCGGGCGUUUUUAAGGAGCUGCAUGGAUGUCGCUCCACAGCUGAUUGUCGGAGAUUGUUCCACUAUUCCACCACCCUUUGCGCAAAGGAUCUGGGUAGAAGAUUCAGCAUGAACAUAGUUGCGCGUAGCUUUGUUGAGUGUCUACGAAGGUGAGAUGAAGGGCGCCACUGAACCAUGUCCUCGAAACGCAGUCCAUUUCAAGGACAUAUGCUAUCUCCUAAAUUAAGACCAUCCUAUUGUUGACUGUAUCCUAGGGGGAAUAGAUGAAGGCACUCUCGUCUUCCAAGAUAGGAUCAACAUUUCAAACCUUUUACUGGCUUGAUCACACAACGCUGCACUUGCACUUAACGCAUUUUAUUCUUUGUGAGUCAUGGCCGCCCAGUCUUUAUGCCAUAUUUUAGUAAAGGUCAAAACGAAGAUGGUGUAAAAUUUCCCAGGAAAGUCUUUGUCGAAAGCUAAAAAAUUCAAUAAAUUCAAAAAUAAUCAAAUUCCUUCCUGUAUCUUAGGGUGGCGGGACUGCCACCUAUGGCAAUAUAGUCGCGAAGGUCAGAUAUUUAUGCAUGUCAGUGGCUAUCAGAGAAACCCUCACAACCAUCUUCUUUCCAACAUGCGUUCCAUGCGUUAGUGGUAGGACAUUGUCUCCCCCCCAAAACGGGCCACGUGGUAGAUACGCCGGACCAACGCGGGGGCCAUAUCUGACUCUGGCAGGCGUUAUCGGAAUGCAACUCAUAAAAAUUCCAACAUUUCGGCGUCCGGUGGCAGACCCGGUUGCCGGCAGACAUCGCGCACACUGGGACCCCCACCGCCUUCCCUCCCAUUGUUGUUGUUGAUCAAAAACCUGGUCAUUUUCUGUGUGGACGAGGGGGUGUGGAAUUCAGAGUCAAGGUGCGGACUUGACCGUGCCAUCCACCUGCUCCCUUUCCCACCUCCGAUCUUAUUGACUUCGUCUUUAUCCUAGAUUCAGAUGGGGUAGGAGGAACGAGCGCGGUAGAUGUUGUGCAAGUCUACAUUCAGUUCAUUUUCAGUUUAUUAAGGGAAAUAUAGGCGAGCGCCUUUGAACUCCCUAUUGGUUACAAGUCGUCGGAGAAAAACAUUGAUAAGUGGGAAGGUGGAAAAGGGCUUUUGUACAUAAUCGCUGACAGCUAGUCAAAAAAGAGUAAUCAGUAACGUUUACUAACUAUUCACAAGUAGUAUAAACAAGUUUAAAUUGGUGCCAGGUUAUGUGAGUGGAUGUAAGGCUGGUAACUGGGAAGCUUGGUGCGCAUCAAGUCUACACUUAAAGGAAUUCACACAGGAGGAGGUUGCAACAUCGCGCAAAAGUCCCCGUUCCUGCUCUCACCUUGCUGCGGGGCACAUGGUAGACAUCGUCAGCAACGACGGUCGAACUGCCGGUAGGACAUCAAUUCGAAAUUUCUUAAAAAGAAGCGAAAGAGUUUGCUCAUUACAUUGACAGACGCCUAAACCACUUUCAGCGUAUGAGAAACAGGGUAUUAAUGACCACCUUCCGUUACGUACAAACAAAAUUAAGGGCUGGAAAAGGUUCACUCUGCCCGCAAACGACAAAGAAUAUGACUAACGCCAAGGAAGCUGACAUCUCUUUCGCUAAUUCUGCUCCGCAGUCUUUUGUUCCUCCUUGGUAGGCGGCCUGAACUCAUUUUUGGAUGCUGUUCUUAUACGUUGUGUCCUUGGUCUGUCAAAGGUAAUACCCUCUUAAAGGGGGUACAACGGAAAUGCUCCCCAUGGUCAAAAUUAUACUCCGCCGGAUGGGACUUAAAUGACACCAUUCUACUUCUCCCCCGUGAGCAGUAGAGAGGUGACAUUAUAACGUAAUUUCACCAUCUUCAAAAGGAUUGGGCCAAGUCUUGCGCCCAAUGCUCUCCACUGGAUUCAAUUCACAUAGAUUCACAGUCAUGGCUUAAAAGUUUUAACUCAGAUCAUGUCAGGCCGGCCAGGAACAGGACGCACCGUUCCUGUCGUCCGGCGAUCACGCCUGACAAAGAACCGUAAACCCGCCGAUCAGUCUCGCCAAACAAGCCCACGUGCGAGUCGGCAAUUAGCACACCACCUAGUUACGUGAGAUCCUCAGGGGUCGACAACACGCGAGGGUCUGCCCACGCGGGGACGUUUAGCACUGAACCAGUAGGAACAGGCAAACCAGACAAGGGCAGAAGGACUGGGAGCUGAUGUACACACAGAGUGACUGUCACAGUGAAGAGGCUCUCUGCUAUCCUGUCUGUCCUCUAUUUCGCACAAUAUUCGAGUCAAACUACUGGAGUUAUAAUAGAUUACAGGAUUACUAAAAAUGGUACCUCAAUUCUUUGACUGCCGAGGAUGGUUUUGAGUCCUCUCUCAGCGGGCGAUCCAUGAAGAACCAAGAAACUAUAAAUCAUUCUAAGUGCGACUGAUGUGAAGAUACCGACUGAGACGGGAGAGACUGGGACGCCCGUUUUUGAUCUACCCGCCAUCGUCAGCCAGCAGUGUUUCGCCGGGGGGGGGGCGGGUGGUGGGUUGAGUGCUCUGGAUUACAUUCCAAGGAGCCAUGCAAGAAGCAAAUCCUACAUUAUGAUCAGACUGGGGAAGCUUCCCUCCAUUUUGAUAGAAAAAACUGUAACGGCAGACAGGGGCGAGGUUGGCGGGAAGUCAAAAAAGAAGACGAAACGGCGAUUUGCGGUGUUGUGCUUCGGACGAGCCAGACCAGAAGGAGGGUUCAAACAGAGUUGAGAAGACGACUAGAAUGAAUGUUGUAUCUACCCCAGAACCGCAGCAGUGAAGUGCUCAAUAAUUCCUUUUGACCGCCGUUAUGCCCGUAUUCAUUGAGACUAAACGCUUCCCGUCCCCAUUCACCCUAUUUCACUAUAUAAAUCUCUUGUGUACAGACCGUUCUCCUUCUACUGAGUUUCGCACUAGCUUGAGUUUCGGAUUGAAGAAUGAGUGACGCUGACGAUGCAUGCAAUUCAGAGUUCACAUACGGUACUGAGCCCAAGCCAGCAGCAGCCGGAAAUAUCAUUGCAGUAAAUAAGACAGGACAAGUGAGUGGCCCGUCUGCUACAAACAGGUUUUGCGAGGGAUUGGACACACACCGAUCGAUUAGCCUCUACUUGACCUCUAUUGCCCAUUAAACGGAGUUUGUCUCAGAAACUUAAUGGCUCGCUGUUUAGUCAUUCCUGUAUGAGACAAUAUCCAAUCUACAGCGACAGCCAAGACCAGGUGGCGAGGCGCCGGUGAGCCUCGGUUCGAUCAAGUGCUUAUUAUGCGGCUGAGAGAUCACAUCUGUUGACAGUCUGCGCCUUGUACGUACCCAUGUGUUCUUUUAGUUCCAGGUGGCUGUCAAGAAAAUGAUUGGCUGAAUGGGGACAGCGUGCGUCUUAAACAGUCUCACUCUGCCCACCUACUUGUCGAUGCCCCACAAACAAAAAGGCCUGAUAUCCUGAAGCGCGAGAUUCCAUAAAUAGGCGAAUUACUCAUGGCCUGGAAGGCGCGUGGCAACCAUUUUGCCAUACCAUUUAUUUGUGCGCGUUUUUGUCUAAAAACUAACUAUUCCGUUUGUUAACAAUCUUUUGGCCUUGCCUCUACUGACUUUCAUUUAGCAUAAAGUUUAUUAAUCGUUAUGAGCGUGUGAUUCGGCCUUCAGCUGUUCGACCCCGUAACGCGAAUCUGUAUUUUUUUGUGUGUUUUCAUCGACCGACCAGAGUUUAGUAAAACCCAGGUACAGGCAUAUCCCCAUGCCGAAAUUUACGACCUCGAAAGGUUAGCACGCGGCUGGUAAGUACAAUUGCUGGCAUUGCCGGCUAGACCGCCUGUACGCUCUCCGGCAUCAGUAAUGUUUGUCCAAAUAAAUCUGCCUUCGCUGGCUUUUGAUUUGGGAAACUUCGCGAUGUCCACAAUUGCACGUCGAUAGAUGAUAGGCCAGAAGGCGUACGCUGGUUUAUGAGGAAGAGGUCGGCAGACGCAGAUUUUUUGGCUGCUGUGGGGGGGGGAGGGGAAAGACCACAGGUGGUGUAGAGUUGCCCGUUGCUUCAUGGGAGGGGGACGAGCAACGGAUCAUCCACCCUGGCGAUCGUGGUCAUCCUUGUCUGUCCUUAAAGAAAUCAAAAAGUACUGCUCUUAUGCUCAUUUAAAGCAAACCAUUAUCGGCCCACUAUGAGUCGCACAAAUUUAACAAAUUUGGCACUGUUGGUACAGACGUUGGGAGCCAAGUCAAGGCUCAUACGUUUAUGUAAGGUGCAGGAGAUUUUCGCAAGUCAAUGCCUAGCAAUCAACUGGAAUAAAAGUAUUUAUGCGAAAUGAGCAGACCCGCAAUUAGCAGCGGAUAAUAAGCACUCAAUCAAAGCGACGAAAUGGUAUGCAAUCAGUGUUUCGUUGUUUUUAUAGGUCAGUAUACUUUAAGGGUAAUAGGCAAUGCCUUUGAAAACCCUCUCGAAAGCUGUAUAUGAAAUAUCUAAAGUUAAAUAAACAUGGUACUAAAAUAAUGUCAGUAAUAUACAUUUAGAUGUAGACGAUAUCGGUAAAAUGAAAUGACAAUCAUCCGCACUAGUGCUAGUUGUAUGGAAGGCGUUGGUUUGGCACAACAGAGCUGUUAUGUCCAGACAAGCGAUAUUUUUCAAGAAAAUAUACAUCUAGUCUUUGCGUGAAUGUCUCUUGAGAAUCCGCCAUUAUCGCGUCCUCGAGAAGCCCGUUCCAGGCACCGACGACUCGCUGUGAAAAAAGAAUCUGCGAAAGUCCAGGCGGCAUCGGGAUCCUCUAAGUUUUAGAGGGUUCCCACGCAGGUUUGCUGUUGUGGCUUGGACGAAGAAAUCGUCGAGGUUUAGGGCACAGUCCCGGUUUCUCAAUAUCCGAUGCGCCUGCAGGAGAUCUCCAUGAAUCUGCCCGUAUUCAAGAGGAAAUAGUUCACUAAGUCUGCAUUUGUAACGUACAGUCUUGAGGCCUUUCAAAAUUUUUUUCGCUCUUCUCUGAACUCCUUCUAGCAACUUAUAGUCUUUUUUAGCCACGGACGCCACGCUUAGAUUCCAUCUUCCAUAUUAUGUUAUUUUUGGUGUCACGCACGAGGUAUCAAUAUCAGUUGCCAGUGUCUGUAAAUAGCUCCAGCUUGCAAAAUUAGUCUAAAUCAAUUGCCUAGUUACCCUACUCAGUUCUGCCACGGUGACGAAGACGAUUCUCGUGUCGGAUGAUGCCUGAUCCCGGAGGUAUAAUGCGUCGUUAGGAGGCCACCUGUUUCUGUUUUUAGUAACUCCUACCUGUAUAUAUUUUCGGUCGCUCGGGGGGGGGCUGUCUGCGAAGACUCCAGUCUGAGCCCCAAGACGCAGUGGGCUGAACACAUUACUUCAUACCAACAAUGCCUCGACUGUGACGGUGGAGUAGUCAGGGUUGGUUCCGGUGAUGCUAGAGUAUUCAUCGUGGCUCUAUGUUCUCGGGUCUUGUUCGUUUGUUGUUCGGCGAACAGUUUGUACGGGACAUUCUCCUCUUCAUUGUUUGCAAGGAUGUCCGCGGAAUAUGGUCUUGGAUAACAUUUUUUCGCGCUAUAUUAUCUUUAGGCGAGGAUUACGAGAUUUCAGCAAAAAUGUCAUCCGAUAAUGGCAAAGUACGCCUCCCAGGAAGCGUAAACUAAGAAAUGGAGUCACCAUUAGGAUGAGACUGUUUAGGAUUUAAAUUAUGCAACGACAUUUGCUGUCAUUCACUACCAAAGGAUGGCGAGUCUGCCACGCAGCCAAAGCCAUUGCGGGGUGGGGGUCAGUUCUGUUUGAGUGUGUCAAUUUGCGCCUUUAGGUAACCGUGAGCCUAUAUGGUUCACUGCAUAUGCCGGAACGCCAAAAGCCGGAUGCAGCGGUGAAUUUCCACGCAGCUGGUGGUCGUUUUCAGCUACUUGGUGUGUUUGUCCGCCCAGGUAGCGUUCGUAAGGUAGCACAUGCCCAGCCCAACUGGAAAUGGUGUACACAAGUGAAAAGUUAGAGUUAGAGAUAUGUCCUGCUCUACGCAUCUCAAACUCGGUUUAGAAAUAUCCAAAACUUGGUAUUCCAAGAAGAGAUUCCAGUUCGGGCGAAACCUAAGUUGGCAAACAGAAACUGUGCCUGUACCAAUAAAAGUGCAUCGUGAGUCCCUAGAAUGAGCAGCAUUUUAUAGCUUUCCGGCAGAUUUAUAGGGUUUUCCUGACGAGAAAAUCUACACCCCUCCGUUUUUGCUUCCAUCCUUAAGCGGAGCUUUUAGUCUGUAGCAGUUAGUUUUUUACAGGUAGCAACCAAAUACUUCGAAACUCCUGUCUAAAUGUUUUCGUGUCGUAGACAACUGCACGUACAUUGUAAAAAUUGUAACGAUUUAUAUUGUAUUCACAAAACUAAAGUAGUAUUGUUUCCGAAGCGUACGUUCGUGGCGAAUCUUCGCUAAGAUGGGAUGAGAUUCGAAGUUGAAGAGAAACAAAGAAAUAGGACUGACUAUAAAACAAAUUUGCCAAUAAAUCUACAAACCAUUGCCUCUGAGCAUCCUAGACUCAGAUUUUCCAGUCUCUAAGUCCAUUAACUUUCUGGUCCUCCGAAAAAAACCCACCAGCAUUUUAUCGUGAAAUCGCCAUAGCUCGUUUUUAUAAUAAGGAUAGCUCUUCUAUAUGUUCGCUUUUACAUUUAUAUUGCUGAAAUGAUGCUGAACUAAGCAGUCUUCUUUUCUCCCGGAUACCUGAGCAUAUAGAUCACGUACCAGAAUUAUCCCAACUGACGCCUUUCAAAGCAGAAAGAUCUCGACUCCCGACUCUAUCUCGAAGCACUUUAGAUUAAAAUAACAAUAACUCCCCUAAAAAUAUCUAAAUUUCAUGUACUUCUCUUGGCCAUUUAAAGUUGACUGUAGUUAACUUUUAUUAUGAAAAGAAAUCUUUAUUUUAAAAAGCGCACGCCAAGUAUUUCUGCUGUCAACAUCUCAAAUGUCAACAAUUUUCAUGUUUUACAUGAGCAUUCACGGGAAAAGGACUUUGAAUCUUCACAACUACUCCAUAUUUCGACUACAGAUUAGCGCUUAUGAAAUUUGCUUUUGCAGGUUCGAAGAGGUUCUCCGGAUUAUGUGAGCAACCCUGGUCGAGGUCUGUGCAAAAAUGGUUAUGAUUUAGUUUCUUGUAAGCGAAAAUAAAUCAAGUUACCUUAGUCCGUCUGGAUGCGAGAGAUUCCUAAAACCGUCCACAGCCUAUACGACACUAAGACUGGUGGUCCUUAGUCACGAUCAUGGGACAGUAAAACGAUGAGUUGGACCUCUAGCUGUUAGCAAAUCGUUCGUCUUCCAGACAAGUAUACAUCAUUCGGGUUGCCGCAUUAUCAAAUUCGUGGAAAUUAAACCAACUUUAGCUCAAACUUGGAGUGGCUAAGCAUCCGAUGGCUAAUGCUCAACUCUGUUAGGUUUCUCAAUUCAGUUCAGUUUAUUGAGGGAAACAGGCUUGUGUCUUUAAGCAUCCUAUUUGCAAAGCUAAAGUCAAUCUAGAGUUCAGGGUUAAAAUAGUUUGGUGGAGAUCGUGAAAAUUUGAGCGUCAGUAUCAAACGCAGAAUUUAAUCUGCGACUCCGACUCAUUUCAGAUCACAAAUCUGUCAAGGCCGCCGUUAAAUUAGAUCAUUGAUGACGACAUCGCAACAUUUGCAGGGAAGACGUUCCAUGGUUUAACCAAACUUAUCCAACGCAUACAAAAGGUAUCUUUUGCUCUCACUUAUCAUGCUGGAUUCUAUAUGGCUUACGUCAAGGCACGAUCCUAAUAACGACACUUUCUCAAGCAAGCAAGUUUUCGGAACUUAAGUGUCAUGUCUUUCGGAAUGGAAUUUGAUUUAACUAGUAGGUUUUUUUAAAUUUAGAGUAGUUUUUGAGUGCCGGCACCGCUUAACGUCUUACGUGAUAAUUUUUCCAAACAAUUCCCCCUCAUACUGUGAACGGCUUGCUUCUUUGCUCGCCAUUUCUAAAAAUACUGAGAGCCGGACGCUUGAUAUACCAGUUAUCACUGCUUACAUACUGCAUGUCUAUCGCACACGUUUUCUCGACCAAUGUUUUUGUGGAAUUUAUCACUUUCAGCGGCCAUUUUCCCUCAGAUGUUUAAAAUACACUUGCUAUUAUACUGUGCUCACAUAAAAAUGAGGUAAACUACGUUCGAUCAUCGAAUAAGAUAAUCAGCUGUCUGAAUCCCCUUUUCUACCUUUAAGAUAUAAGAAAACUCUUUAGCAUUCUAUGGUUGGGAGUGGGUAGCCAGCAGGAGAAUGCAAAUAAAAUUCCCCGAAAUCUCUUUUCACUUCAAGACAUUAGCGACGGAAUUAUAGGGCGCCUCUGCGAAAAAACGCCAAAUACUCAUUGAUGUUAAGAGAGGGCGAUGAUAAACACAAUCAUCGAAUAAUUACUAUUCAUUUAACAUUGAUAUUUGAAGUCGAAAACCGCAUUUUACCAAAGAAAGACCUGCGACGUUUAGUGGGCGACAUGCAAGUCCCUGCCCCGCAUAAAUGUCGCCCCCCCGCCAAGGCUUUCCUAGUAAUAAUGUGUAGUGUGCGUGUUACCAAAUAGGAAGGUCUUGGAGGCAGCUACGGAAUGCAUUAAACGUAUCUCACUUAUAUGAUGAAUGUCUGGCAGUGUGCAGAUAUCAGUAUUUGAGGUGAAGGCACCUUAUGAAGUAUGACCCCAGCGUUUAGAAUGAAAAGGUUGAGGAGACGCAACUGGGGGACGAAUAAAGUCAAUCAGCCUUUGCCUGUCGACGGGAAAUAGAGACUGAAUGUCCCUGUCUGGUCUCGUAAAAAUAUGCUUGCAUUAGAAAUCUCGGAUUUUUUACAAGUCAGGGAAUUUGAAGUUAAGAAGACAGGAAGAAAGGGUGGGCAGUUCGGCAACCUGGUUAAGAUUGUAUGCAGAUAGUGGUAUGUGUUCCAACAGCAAUGACACUGCGGACAAGGCGACUGUAGUCGCCGAGGAGAAGCACUCAAUUUGGAACUCCGCCGCCCGAUUACUGAAGAACGAUUUUGACUGGGUGUGCCUUUCUACAAAAAAACUCUAAUUGACCUAUUUUUCUGAUUGUCCAUCUUCCGUUAAUUAGGUCAGUGCUUAUGAGGUUGGACAGGGGACAGACACUUUUUGCAAAAAAUGUGUGCUCCUAGAGGCUUUGAGUUGUUCAAAGGACUGAGUGAUGAGCUGCUGACGCAGAUAAAUAUGCUUGUGUAUGCAUACAGUGGAGUCUGCAGGUAUGGGUUGAGCUCUUGAUACUUGUAUCUAAAUGAGAUAUCAACCAGGAAGUUUGGUGGGUGUUUACAGUAAUUUUAAUUAGAUCCAACGUCUCUUGGAACUUUUAGCCUGCCUAGGCAAAACCCAGCUCAUGCCAAUGAUAGAUGAGACCUAAUCUCGCUUGCGUUAGCUUGUUUUGACCGGUAAAAUAUUCAAUAGAAUUUAGUGUGCCAAUCGAUGUUUUGUUUCCAUUUAAAGUAAAACCGUUUUCGGAAGAUUUCUGAUACAAGGACGGGACACCCCUACGGAACUAAGAGCUACCAUGCCAUAUUUAUGUGUAUGCCAAUUUGAAGUCAGUUUUUUAAUUUAUUUAGUAAGAAUAAUAGGCAAAGCCUUUCAAAACCUUAUUAAUUACACGUCGGCUCGUUAGAUACACCUGUACACGAACAAUGAAAAUAUUCGCUAUUAAAACAGUACUUGAUUCAUUUGAGUGGCAUUGUUUCAGAGGAACACAUAUCCGGGAUUACGAGGUAUUUAGCUCAGGCUCAGACUGUCGAGGGAAAACGGGGACACAAAUAAUCAUCCCAGCAUCUCCUGAAGAGUCGCAGGGAAUCACAUCCACCUCUGCCUGAGGGAGAUCGUUCCAUUUCUCCACAACCAUCUGUUCAAAAUAUUCGGAACGAAGACUCAGCCUGGACAUUUUUCUCCGUAGCUUCAUCGAGUGACCACGAAGAUUGGGUGAAAGGUGACACUGUAACAUGUUCUCAAAGCGUAAUCCAUGCUCAAGGCCACGCAUUAUCUUCUAAGCCAAGAUACGAUCACCUCUUUGCUUUCUGUAACACAAAGGGCAUAAAUUAAGGCAAUUCCGUCAGUCUGUGUACGAUUGGCUUUUUAAACCGUUCACCAGCUUCGUUGUACAAUGUUGUAUUGUAUCAAAGCAUGUUUGGUCCUUUAUUAGCCAUGGCCGCCAUGCUUGUACGCCAUAUUCUAAAUGGGAUCAGACAAAGGCGCCGUAAACUCUCCCAAAAAGACCUUUGUCAAAGGUUAGGAACGCUCUCUUGAUGGCAUGCAGCACCCCCAUGGCGAUUUUUGUAGCCCUGUUGCACUGCAGUCCUGGUUUCAUGACCUUCUGUAUCCAAACACCGAGAUCCUUCAGUGAAGAUUCUGCGGGGGCCUUAUAUCUUUCAGUUGAUAUGUCCUCAGUCUCUCAUUUGAAUGAAAGUAUGUUGCACGCAGAUGAAGGACGGCACACUUCACCGCAUUGAAAUCUAGAAGCCAUUUCUCUGAACACGCUUGCAGCCGAUACAGAUUAUUUUGAAGGGAACUCUGAUCAUUUGAACCCUUAAUGACUUGCCAGAGCUCAACGUCGUCGGAAAACAUUAUUUUGCCGCAAUCGAAUUCCUAAAGGCUGUAACGAACAUGAGGGAUGAAGAUAAAUGGUCCCAGAACUGAGACCUGAGGCGUACCACUAAUAGCGUUCACCCAUUCUGCCAUAUCAUCUCCAAUACAGACACUUUGUUUCCGACCAACCGGUCUUCUUUUGAUGAUCUCAAAGUUCUCCCCUAAGACAACGGAGUUCGCAAUUUGUUCCAUCCGUCAACCAGCCAGUGAGAGAAGAAUUUGGCCCGCAAUUCGAGUUUGGCCUAUUACGUCUUCAAUUUAUAUUGCUGCCCUCGAAGAUUUGUCGCCGCGCCAGUUCGAAGAAAUCGUCAAACUGAAGAGCACAGUCUAGCCCUCGGACGAUCGUGAUGGUCAUGAUCAUUUCCCCUCUGUAUUGUCUACAAGAGAUGAAAUACUUUUAGUUUUUCCAGGUGUCUCUCAUAAGGUAAGCUUCUAAAUCCGCCGACCAGCUUGGUCGGUUUUCGUUGUACGUUCUUCAGUAAGGUGCAAUCGUGUCUCCUUCAAGGACACCAUGCCUGAACACAAUAUUCCAACAUUGGUCAAACGAAUGCUCCAAAUACUCGGCCGCAAAGUUCUUCGUCAAAAUUACGGAAGGAUCUUCUAAUCGCGCCCCUGAUACCCAUAGCUUUCUUGGAUACCUUGGCGCAGUGAGACGAUUGUUUGAGAGUUGACUUCAUCCACACACCGAGGUCUCUUAUCUCGUUGACUGAUUCGUGUUGGCGACCUCCUAUAAAGUACUGAGAUUCAAAUCUAAACGGCCUCCUGUUGCUAGAUCGUAAUCGGAUAAGUUGGCACUUGUUGCGAUUGAGGGUAAGACACCACUCAUCACACCAUUGUUACAAUCGAUUCAGAUUGUCUUGUAAAUGUACAGAGUAUUCCGGGUUCCGUAUUGAUUUCCACAAUUUGAGAUCGUCGGCAAACAUUACAUGCUCGCAGUUCAGACAGUCCAGGCACUCGUUUACAUAUAUUAAGAACAGAGUUGGACCCAAAACGCUCCCCUGCAAAAGGACACUGUGGACGGAUGCCCAUUCCGAUUUGGCGUUUCCGAUACACACACGCUGAGGUCCGCCCGUGAGGAACGUGGCUAACAAUUUCAGCACAUUUCCACUCACGCCCAUUUGACGUAGCUUAACUAUAAGUCUUUUGUGUGUAACACUGUCAAAAGCCCUUCUGAAGUCAAUGUACACGGCAUCGACUGAUAAACCCAUGUCGACUGAUUUCGUCAAGCUCCCCAUUGAUACUAUUUGGGGCUGUUCUCACGCCACCUUAAUACAUAGGGCUUAUGUUUGCUUUCUUCCAUUCGGUAGGCAGGGCCUCCGUCUCCAUCGAAGUUCUGAAUAUUCUGGAUAACGGAGAGGCCAGUUAGUUUUACAACUCCUUAAGUAUCAGCCCAGGAAUCGCGUCGAGUACAGCAGACUUAUUUAUUUGACUGAGGACACGUCUUACUUCUUCGACGGAACAGAAGCGGUUUCAAUGACGGCAAUAUCUUGGCGCAUUUGAAGAUGACAGCUGCUUUGAUCUAUUUAAAAGUAUUGAUUGUAUUCUGAGGUCUCCUCUGUAAAAACCGGUCAAAAAACUAAGAUAGUAAUUGCACUCUCUGUGGCUCUUCAACUAAUAACUUUCCAAAGCUAUCCUUUAGACACGCAAUUUCUUCCCUAUGUUCUCUCCUACUGUGGAUGUACCCAUAAAACUUCUUGGUACGUGUAAUGGAUUCUGCUUUCAGUCGGCGCUCGAAAGAAGUUCUAGCAACCCGUGUUUUUUUGUGUUCCAAGUGCUGGGUCCUACUUGGCACCCUGAAAACAUACGUGACAGCGAACAUUUGUAUCCUUGGUAUUCGCGAGAUAUAGCUGUUGAUUACUGUGAAAUUCCUUUUGUUUGCAAAAGAAGCUAAGUGUUUUGGCAACAGACUGUCCAUAACCUUAUUCUGAACAUUCGGGUACCAAAUAAACGAGUUCGUAUGUGCGGCAUAAGGGCAAAAAAUCACGUAUAUUUUUCAUAUUCCUGGAUACAGAUGAAGGUGCUAAAUAUUAUGGCUAAUUAGUCCGUGUUAUAAUAUUGGUAGUCUUAGUAGCAGAAGGGAGGGGCAACAGCGAAUUCGGGUAGAUUGAUACAUUAGUAAUUCGGGUUCAUUCAGCGACUCAUAGACCUGACCAGCACCAGGGACCGAAAGAACAGCCGUGUGCUCGUACACGGUGCGAAUGAUUCACAGACGAGAUCUAUGAGGAAGGUCGUUGGGACUUUACCCAAACGACGUUCGCCCGUGCUCGUCACGCUACAUUCUCUGUCUCCGUAGAUCAGGUACUUAUUCAACCAGGAAUAGGCGCACAACGAACUACUGGCUUCCCGACAAAGAAUGCUAUUAUAGCUUGGUCGACUUCGACCUGGCAAUUGGGUGCCUGUUCGUGAAUUUCAUAAUCAGGAAGACUAAGGGAUCGUAUUUGAAUAUUUCUGUUUUAUAAUAGUUUUUGUCGUAUUUUAUCGAUAUGUUACUUAAUGCAGGUGCUUUCCAAAAAUUUGGAGGGAGAAUCCGAUUUUGGAGACCUAAAAUUCCAAAGAAAACGAUUACGAUUCCUUAGUUAUUUUCCAGACGUCUCCAGCAAGUCUAUAUGCAUGAGUGAGGUGUAUCGUCCAUACAUGUUGCUGAAAGAUUACCAUAACAAAUACACUCAAAAAAGAACCCCGAUAAAUGUUUUUUUCGGGCUUAGGCUGUUUUUAUGCCACGAAUAGGGCAGGAUAAAUUCUGUCGUUUUCAUUUCCCUCGUAAGGUUUCGUAGUUAUACAUCACAGCAUUCUCCUUUCAACUUAAGUACCAGAGGCUUCAAUAUCUGAGAGUUGUGCUUCACAUUCAAGUCAACGUUUGCAGAUAUUUGCAACACGAGCUCGCAAAAAAUGAUAAAUUUAUGCGUCCGGUGAACGCUUUUUUCGUGCUGCGCUUUUUGUCUUUUAUUUCGGUGAAAGUUUUGUAGAUUAUGCAAUUACUCGAUAUAUGUUUUACUAGUUCACUGUCUUUGACCGCCAUAGUAAUGAUUGAAUUAAAUAUUGCACUAUUUAAAUGGAGCACAGUGCACGAGAACCCAGUUAAAGAUCAUUCCAAAAAAGUAAAUAAUGCCUGCAUUAAAAUUCGAAGGAACGCUUAUUCUUAAAAAGGUAUUUGAAGUUAAUUUUCUAUUUUCCAGUUAUUUCCUGUCGAUACAUAUCUCAAUUAUCGCGACGAUGUUUGUGUGUUCAUAAAUAUUUUCGAUACGGUUAAAUUAUCAAAACUAAGCGAACCAACUUUUCCACUGGAAGUCCACGAAAUAUUUGCAUUUGAAAAGGUACCUUGGUCAACUUCCUCUUUGCUUAGGUGAAUAGGUCUUUUACGAUGUUAGCUCUUCUUAUGAACUUUGUCGAAAACUGGAAGGCAUGUAGUCUUAUAAAAUAUUAGCUUGCACAUAGAUAUGCCAGUCACCAUCGAACUGCGACAGGUAACGGACUGCCAUCGAGGUGGAACAUUACUGGCUUAUUUUGACGGGAACGCUCGGGAUUUGUUUGACCCAUGUCCAGUUUUUUGCAGCACCUUAGGUACCAAUCGUGAACUCCUAAUGCGAUCGAACAAGGUAAGACGCGUGACAAUUACUCAGUCUGGACUUAGUCAUCGUCACCAAGAUUAGAAUUUUCAACGAGCACUAAAAUUGUUCCAUAUGUUCCAAGUCCUCCACCCACCUGCGUAUGCCCAUUUAUUACUUAAGCAAUAACUACUUUAGCAUACAGACGGGCGCUGCUGCUGCAAUCACAAGCAAGUCCCAAAUUUUAUUUAUUAUGGCCAGGUCUUCAUCUAAUUACGCAAGGCCAACGUUUACGAGUGCACUAAAAUCAACCAAUACAACUUCCACUCUGACAGGAAAAAAUCCAUCCAGGCACGUGGUAAGUUGCCUUAGCACUUUAUACUUUGAUGAACGGCUGAGCGAGGGAACCUUCCUUUCGUUUAAAAAACGUCUCGAAAUUUGCAGAACUUAACCUAGCUGAUGUUCUAAAUGUGUUUUUUGGGACCAAAAGUGUGCGUAUCUCUUACAUUUAUGAAGUAGACAUGAAAGAGCUUUGGCAUGAGAGCAAUACUUGGCAGAUGAACAGUUGCCGCGUACGUAUGGAUGAUUUCCUCCUGCUCAUAUGUAUAUGUAUUUUGAAAUCUACUUAAGGAAAAUCCACCUACUGGACUGCUUUAAACUUCCUCAUUGUUUUUCAGGCAAUCUUUGGUCAGAGAAAUAAUAAAAUCAUGAAUAAUUUUGAUUGUUAUGUUUUUGCCUUAUAGAACUGUUUUAACACAGUGCCAGGAUUUGUGGAUAGCCGUAGUCCAUCUAAAUCUCCUUUAGGAAGACCCACUACAUCGAUUCUUCGUACGUAAAAGCUUUUUUAUCUUUCCUUUGAAAAAUUUAGUAUUUAUAACGAGCUAUAUAUUACAAAAACCGAGUUAAAUUUAUAUAGUAGCUUGCCGACAAAUGUCAAAUAAAUCAUGCAUUUAAAUUCAGCUCUACUCGUAUAUGUACUUCCAAAAUGCCGUAAUAAACGUAACUACGACACUUUAUAUGCAGACAAAUACCUAGAAAUCUUUUAUUUCUGAAUAUUUUACUUUCUUUGUUAUCGAACGUGGUAACUUUUGCAAAAUAACAUUUUAGCUUGUUGUCGGUGCCCGGCAGACUGCUGCUGUGUAAGUCUUUCAAAAUAUGCUCUCAUAAUCUUUGAUUUUUGUUGGGUGAUUACUUAACCUUUCAGACAAACUUUCUUUUAUUUCAGAAAGCCAUGUCUAUAUUUAUAUGUCAGGAGCUCCAAAAUUUGUAAACUCAAAAGCGUUUGCUUCUUCCUUUUCGCGUUAAUAGAGAGUAUUGUUAUAAAUAAUCCAGUCAAGUUCUUUGGUUGUCGUUCUAUAAAGUAAAAUUAGCAAUACUUGCUGCAUAAUCACUCAACUGCAGAUGGUCGUCCGCUUUCGUAAUAUGUGGAACUCGACUCUGUCAUUUUCUCGAAUGUAUCGGGGUGUACAGCUUUAAAUUUGUUAGGUGAUCUAAAAGGCGCCGACUCCAAUACCAACAUGCUAGGAAGUUGAAUCAACGCAAAAAAUUUUCUAAUCCUGACUGGUUUCGAAAAGACAUGCCUAAAAAUCUAGUUGGUCUGAUGGCGUACCUUACGAACAUAUAAAUUCCUUUUUUCGAAAAUAUUAACGGUGUCCUAAAACGCAGUCAACUAAUCCAACAUUACUAACAUUCACAUUACCUCACAUUUAGGUCCGCAAAGUGACACCCUCUAGUGAUCUUACUGAGAAGGAAUUAAAAGCGGCCCAGGAACGAAGGUUUGUUCAGUUAUUUCCUUAUCUCUGUGGUGUUCUUAGUUUUGUCAGUGAAUGUUGCAUUUAACCUAGUUUUUUAGCAUAAUGAGUCUGUUGCAAAAUUUCGUCCGUCUAUGUGUUUCAACCAAAGCAAAGAACUUUGCAUCAAUUUUACAUAUAUAUUUCAGUAACUCUCUAAAUUAGCGCUGCAGCGGCUUCCAGCUGAUGCCUUUUGUGCACGCGGUUUAAUAAAAUGAAUAUUCAGGAUGUAUCUAAUUCUAAAGCCUAACGGCUGUCAGAGUUUUUUCCGCCAGUACGGGAUUCUUAACUGAUAAAAGAUUAUGCGGUGACGCCCAUUGUCUCCAUCCUCGGUAUCUUUUAAUUAAGUCAAUUUCAGGUAAGCCGUAAGGCUCAGCAUUGCAAUUGGUGGGACGGGCCUCAAAUGUUUUUGCAUUUUCUCACACUUGCUUUAGGAAAAACCUGUUAUUCAGCGAAAUAUUAUAAAGGACCAUAUUAGUUUAUUAGAAGCUAGAUCAUUUUUCCUCAAAGUCCUUUCACGUCUUAAAAGGAGAAAAACACACACUUUGUGUAUAGGGCAAAAGACUGUAAAUCUGAUCCCUAAAUCCACGACUUUAUUAUUUUAAUAAAGAGAGAACCUAUUAAACAUAAUUCCGCUCGCCCAAAUCAAUGAACAAGGUUUGAACAUUUAGCCUUGGCAGAGAAUCCAAGAAGCUAUAAAGUAGUUUAAACAGAAACACUCUGACUCAUUGACCAAUUAGACGGAUGAAUGUGAAUUGAUGCUUUUAGUCAAUAAACAAGUCCUAAGUUUUCAUUUUUUUUCAGUAACAAGUAGCUGAGUCAUCUUCUGUCUACUGGAGCGAAAAACUGACCUUUUGUCGUUUAACAGGAUGUUCUACAUUCAACUGUUUCCUGUUCCGAUGCAAAAUCCUCUUUGCCUCUUUUUAAGUCCACAUGACAUAACAUCCUCCCUUAAGACUCUAAUCUAACUCACCCACUUUCAGAUACGAUACUAUACCUCGCCGUGACCCUAUUGGGAGCAUUUGCGACUAUAAUGGGUGAAGAAUAAGCCAUUUAGAACAAAAAGCUAUCAAGAGCAGGAUUGGUCUCCACGCGAGAGUGUACGAUAAGUGAACCAGGAUAAUGACAACGUGCACAGGUGUUUCAUAGAUUUUGGUGUACCUGUAUGCUUAGACGGGUGACAAACAAACGAUCUGGUAGAUCAGAGCAACGUCUGACCAUGAUUGUUAUUUUCGUUGGGUCUUGGUUUCCGUAAUCAGUUUUUUAAAGGCCGUAGCUUUUUAAUAACUUUCUUAAAUUGUUCUUAAUGUUCCGGCAGAUUGACCCUUAAGUUUUGUUUGAUUUAUGCACUGUUUCAUUACUGUCUAGAUAAAUUGUCAGAUUUGUCUCCUUACCCUUUUUAACUGUCUCUUUUUAGCGACCGCUACUGGCACAUGUACCGUUUCUGGCAGCGAGAAGUCGAGAACAUCCGUCGAAAUAGGACGUAG